AUGGCUGGAAAUUCCAUGACGGCGGCUAAUCUACAAGGCACAUUUGUUUCUCGCUCCCUCUCGUUCCUUCGGCUGCAUCUAUUUGUUCAACUCUUCCUUUCUUGCUUGGCGUUCUUCUUCGCUGCCCUCCUGAGGAGGCAUGCUCUUGGGUACCACCGGGCCAGGGUGAGCUUGAUGAGCGGCGAACUUGGCAUCAAAGCCUUCUUUGAUCGGUUGGAUCGAGAAUUCCUUCUCACCCUAGGACUCUUCCGGGACCUGGACCGCGUGGGGUCGGGGGUCCUGCAUAUUGAGAGAAUACGGCAUACGUUGUUCACUGUUUGUUUAUUCUGGUCUUUGGAGUCCAUCGUGUUGGCAAAAGGUGGACGCUUGAGCCGACGUAUCUCAGAAGUUAUUGACUUGAUAAUGAGGCUUUGGCAGAUGAGCUGGGGGGAAAAGGGAAGAAUAAGAAGAAGAAAAGCCCAAACCGGACGGUUAGGAAGCCGUGUACGACUGGGGCGGUAUUUGUACCAAAACCAGUUUCCGGCGGAUUCGUAUGACGGAUGA